AUGGACAUCAGGGAGGAGAACAACUUGACCACAUCCCCCACCAAAAGUUACCACUUGGAAGCAGACGACUCCAUCAUAUCUCAAAUUCUGAUGAAGGAUUCAGGUUUUUACAGCUUUGUGGAAGUCUACCAGGGUUGGGGUCAUAUGGAUCUCAGGGAGCACACUACCAAGAAGAAACCCUUUGCAAAGAAACAGUGUUAUGCACAACUUAUCAAUGCUUUUCCUUUGCCAGAGAGAACCUGGAGUUUCUGGAAAGAGCCCCAAGAUGGAGGUUACUCUUGGUACCACUCUCUUCAGGUACUUGGAGAAAGAUUUGAGGACCACGUUAAAACAAUAGCUCUUCUCUUGCAAAAACUUGACAGAUCAGUGGAAGACCAAGUAGGAGCUUUAGACAAGCUGGUAAGCAACCAUGUCAAGAACUUAUGGGAAUGGCUAGAAGACCAUAUUAAGGAUCUUAAUGUGUGGCUCAAUAUGUACUUUUGGGCUGUCCAAGAGUUUCACGACAGGUUUACGAAACACCCUGACUAUAUGCUGGGUAAAGCGAUCCUACUCCAUGACAACUAUUGGAAUGACGGUAUCAAUAAAGCAGACUCAUGGCUGGAGCACCCCAACAGUACCUUGUACAUGUGGUUGGAGGAAGCCCCUCUAAUCUUCUACAAAACCCUGAAGAUGCAGGGUAGUAACAUCAAAAAAUAUACUGAAACUCAUAUCCAGCACAUAGAAGAUCAUGUAAGAGCCUUAGAACAGCUAUUGGAUAAUUACACCUCAACUGCCAAUAAAUGGCUAGAAGAUUAUGCUGCAGUUAAAGAAACAUCCUCCCAGAAUUUUACCUGGGACUUUUCCACUGUGGGUUCAAAGGCACAAAUGCUAGGAAGAGCACUUGUAACAGCCUUGCAAGGGAAAUGCCUUAUGGUCAUGAAAUGGCUUGAAGAGAAUGUUGAGGGCAUAGAACAGUUGUUGUGGAAUAUCAUAAAUUGGUAG